AAAACCAUGAUUACGAUUUGCAUAGGUAUUUUGACUUCACUGCUGAUGGUUAUAAUGCAGACAUCGUCUUUUUACACUGAUAUACCUUCAGCAUACAAUUUAGAAGUUAUAAAAGAGGGUCGACGUUUGAAGCUAACAUGGUCAAAGCCUGAAAUGUCAGAAGAUAUAAAAGGAUACCGAAUUUAUUGUAAAUCUAAAUCAACGUGUGAAGAAAAAACAUUUCCAGUUGAGGGUGCUGACAACUUAUGUUUCUACCUAACAAAAGAUAUGAUAAAGUUUGUACCAUGUAACACUUACAGAUUUAAGAUAUCAGCUUGCUUAGAUGAAUCAAGGGAAAGCAAAAAAAGUAAAGAAGCAAAAUUUGAAACAGGAAUCACAUUAAAGCCGCAGGAUUUUAAGUCACAUGUUGCUAAUGGAACUGUUGUAUUGGUAUGGGCAAGUCCACCUGAAACUGUGUUCCCAGUAGAAGGAUACACAUUAGAACAAAAAACAGAGGACGAUUGUAAAACGCACCACCUCUCAUCAGACACGUUAAGUGUUACUGUUCAAGACUUGCAGCAUACAGUGUAUCAUUUUAAAAUUUACGCUUCUAGUAACAAAGUGCUAAGCGAGCCUGUGGAACGUAUAUUUUCAGCAGAACAUGCAUAUAUCGUUGAAAUGGUUUUAAGCAUUACUGAAAGAGAGCAUGGAAAAGAAGUAACUGGAAAAGUCGGUAAAAUUAUCGAGAAAAUUUUUAGUGAUGGAUGCAAUAAUAUACCAGGGAAUCAGAGGAUCAUAUAUAGCAGAAUACGUGAUGGCUCUUUGCUUGUGGAUCUCACAUUUAUAUCUGAAGGAUUCUACGAAGAGCAAUAUUUUACUAAAAUAUUAAAAAGUACUUUUAAAAGUAUAAGAAUCGGAAAUAGAAAAUUUGUUCUUGAGGACUUCUCAUUACAAGGACUUAACAAUCCAGCACCACCGCAAUCUGUACACGCAUCAAAUGAUGACAACGUUGUUACCGUCUCCUGGAAUGAACCUUUGACGACAUUGUUUAAAACCGAUCACUUUAGCAUACACGUUCAGAAGGUGGACAAAAAUAAAUUGACAUUCGAGGAGUCUGACGAAGACGUCCCUUCGAAUCAGCUGUCUUACACAAUCUCUGAUGUUUUACCAAAUACUUCACUUAACUUCACGAUUUUUACAUGUAUAUGUCACUCAAUCAGAAGCUUACCAAGUGAGAUAGUUAGGACUUACGUUAAAGGUCCUACACCACCUGUAAAUGUAAAGGCCACGAUUAAAGGAUCAACCAUAGAAAUAUCCUGGACGAAACCUCUUAGGCCUGUAUUGAAAUUUGUGGAAUAUUUUGAAAUUAAGAUUGUUGAAAAUGAAAAUAUAUCAUACGAUUCAGUAAGAAGUGAUUGUUACGAAUAUGAAUUAAUUAACUGUAAGCCAUUAACGAAAUACAGAUUUGAAAUUUCUACAUACACAAUGAAUGAUCAUAAAAGCGAACCUAGUGACAGCAUAGAAAUCCAAACCACAGAAUGCAUAACAGUUCAAAGCCAAGCACACGAGAAACCAAGUAAAGGCAAUGAUUAUAUACCUCCUUCGUCGCAAGGACUGACCACCGAUCAGUUUACUACCUCAAAAGAACUGACUAGCGCCCAGGUGCCUGUUUCGCCCACAGACCUGAAAAGUCCAUCAAGACUACCAGAUGUUAUAGAUAGAAGAGACAUACCCAGUUUCUCAGGACAACAAGAUGUUAUAGAUAGAAGAGACAAACCGAGUUCCUCAGAACGACAAGAUGUUAUAGAUAGAAGAAGAAUACACAGGUUAUCAGAACAUCAAGAUUGCAUUGAUCUAUUUUUUGACUGUGUCAUUAUAAAUGACAUGAUAGUUCUUACCAGUUAUAGUAACUGUGAACUACUUAUUCGAUAUACUGAUGGACGUGGCAACCGAAAAAUCCGUUUAUCUGGUAAACCAAGAUGUAUGUCAAUAAUUAACGAUGACCAUAUCGCUGUCUUUUACAUUAAACCUGUCGCAUUGGAAGAUGGGCAGAUAGGAAACAUAGAAAUAAUUGACAUCAAUAAAGGCCUAGAAAACACCAUAGCAGAUGUGUGGGAAGUUGGAUGCAUGACUUGUCAGGACGGGCUGCUAUUUGUUGUUAUUGAUGGACGGAAGAUAACUGCAAUGAAUCUGUCAGGUAUAAUUGUAAGAUCGUUUUCGUGUCCUUCGGGAGAUACCAGUAAUAUUUCAUCUAAUGAAACGAAGCUAUUCCUUACUGCCUCUGCCAAAAAUGUCUUAUACUGCUGUGAUUUGUUCGGAUCAGUCCUGUGGGAGUUUAAAGAUGACAGCCUGAGAAUUCCAUCGAGUAUUACAGUAGAUCCAGAUCACAACGUGUACGUAACAGGUGAUCGUUCAAAAAAUGUCAUUAUAGUAUCGACCGAUGGAAAGUAUCAUAAUGAUAUCCUCCUAAAAGACUGUCAGGUCACCUUUCCGAUUAUCAUACGUUAUGAUACAAAAAGAAACCAUCUGUUAGCGUACAAUUGUGUUAUCGGCGAGGCUUUUCUCUUUGGUGUAAAACCUUCAUUUACAGAAAACUGUGAUGUGAAUUUGGUGAAAACAAUAAAACUUGUAUAGACCGUAAAUGGUAUAUUCUCUCAUUGGUUUCGUCAAAAAAAAAUAAUAAUGCAAAUGAUUAGAUAACAUAGAAAAAAAUCACUAUAUACCCACUGUCCAUGUGUAGAAUUUUGAAUUAUUUUCUUUCAAAACUGAAGAAACAAACAUUAUUUGAAUUUUCUCUAAAUGGAUAUUGUCAGUAUAUAUGGAAAAGAGUAUGAAUCACCCAGAUGUAAAAUGAAAAAUAGAGCAAGAUAAACGAUAUCAAAACUAAUAAUUAAGGAUGAAAUGUACUAAACAUACGUUGCGGUAUUUGUAGUGAUGACAGCAAUAUUAAGUAGGCGGAUAGUGAUGGCUUGACAUCCGUGAAAAAUAGCAUGGCAAGAUUUUACACAAACAUACAGUUUAGAAAAUACUUGAAAAAACAACUGAUGUUAACAUUGGAUACAAGAAAGGUAUGGCAGG